GUGCUGAUGAUAUAUUUUCUCCACUAGUGGGCAUAUACCCCACAUCUCCUCCACCAUGGUUAGAGAACGCCAAGCAUAAAUACCCAUCUCCAGGGCGUGUGUUCUCCACACUUGUCCAAUAUCUCCUCCUUUCUCAGCAGCUAAUUAAAUAUUAUUAGUUUUUCCCUUUCAUUCAUUCUCUGCAAUGGCAGCCAACCAAACAUCCCUGAGUAAUGGCAAAGUCACUUUUCCCUCCACCGACCUCGAGCAACAGUCGACUCUGGAGCUCGAAGCAGCCAAGGAAUUCGACUACUCCAAAAGAUCCCAAUGGCUACGUGCCGCCGUAUUGGGAGCCAACGACGGGUUGGUGUCGACAGCAUCGUUAAUGAUGGGUGUCGGAGCAGUGAAACAAGACAUAAAGGCGAUGAUACUCACUGGGUUUGCGGGUCUUGUUGCUGGGGCAUGCAGCAUGGCCAUCGGAGAGUUUGUGUCGGUUUACUCGCAGCUGGACAUAGAGGUGGCGCAGAUGAAAAGAGACAAGCAAAGGGGGGCAGAGGAAGAAGAAGAAGAUGAUGAUCGGGACGUAGACAAAGAGAGUUUGCCGAACCCUUUGCAGGCUGCUGCGGCAUCAGCUCUUGCGUUUUCCAUGGGUGCAAUUGUUCCGUUGCUGGCGGCUUCGUUUAUAAAGGAGUAUAGGCUGCGGGUGGGGAUGAUUGUGGGGACGGUGAGCUUGGCUUUGUUGGUUUUCGGGUGGCUGGGGGCUUUCUUGGGGAAGGCGCCACUGGUGAAGUCUGCCGCCAGGGUUUUUGUUGGAGGAUUGAUUGCCAUGGGAAUAACCUUUGGGUUAACCAAAUUGAUCGGCUCAAGCGCCCUGUAAUAUGAUCAAUAAAACUUUGGUUAUGUGCAUGACGUGAGAUAUUGUAAUAUUGGA